AUGAUCUCUCGAGCUGCCGCGUCUCGGCUAGCGACCUCCACCUUGCGCUCCGCCCUCCCAAGAACGUCCAUCUCAUCCACUAUCCGCCGUGGUCUGAUAACAGGUCCACCCGCCAAAACACCCCGCUCCCGCUCUCGUUCCGAAACACCCACCUCCGCCCCUCUCCCCUCUCCUACCCCCUUACCCGAGUUCGCUAUCCCCUCUUACUCGCCGUACCCACCCACCGAUGGAUCAGUGCCCGAUGCGGACGGAAAGCCGCUCUAUGUAUCUGGGAGCGCAGCGGAGCGGCAGGCCAAGUUGAGCCGGAUGAGCAGUCCGCUUAGGAGGGGGACUUAUGAGAGUUGGUGGACUGGGGAAAUGGGGUGGUUCAAUGCGGUGUCGAAGACAAUCCCGACGUAUCGCGUCCUAGAUGAGGAAGGGAUCCCGGUCAAGAACGCCAAAGUGCCCGACCUCGACAAAGCAGAAGCACUCAAGAUGUACCAUACCAUGGCGCUCAUGCCGAUCGUCGAUAAUAUCCUAUAUCAAUCCCAGCGCCAAGGGCGGAUCAGCUUUUACAUGCAGUGUUCGGGUGAAGAGGCGACGGUCGUGGGCAGUGCGGCGGCGCUGAGGGAGGGGGACGAGAUAUUUGGGCAAUACCGCGAAUCAGGUGCACUGCUGUACCGCGGCUUCACACUCAAAUCACUCAUGGCUCAAUGUUUUGGCAAUGUGGAGGAUGUCGGGACGAAGGGUCGGCAGAUGCCUAUUCAUUAUAGCGCGCCGGAACUUGGUUUCCACACUAUCACGAGUCCGCUUGCUACUCAAAUGCCCCAGGCCGCGGGAGCUGCGUACGCGCUCAAGCUGGACAAGGACCGUCAAGGAGAUUGUGUGAUCUGCUACUUCGGCGAUGGAGCUGCGAGUGAAGGCGACUUCCACGCGGCGCUAGGGAUGAACUCGGUGCUCGGUGGGCCGGUAGUCUGGCUCUGCCGGAACAACGGUUUCGCUAUCUCGACCCCAAUCAUCGAUCAAUACGCCGGAGACGGUAUAGCUUCGCGCGGACCGGCUUAUGGGCUGGACACAAUUCGUGUCGACGGUAACGAUACAGUCGCUGUCCUAGCCACGGUACGCGAAGCUCGUCGUCGUGCGGUCGAGGGCAAGAAGGGCGUCUUGGUCGAGUGUAUGACGUAUAGGGUAGGACACCAUAGUACGAGUGACGAUUCCUACAAGUACCGCGCGGUUGAAGAGGUGCAGGAAUGGAAUGUCGUCGACAACCCGCUGCAUCGGUUCCGAGCCUACCUCGUCUCCAAGGGGUGGUGGACUGAGGCAGACGAAAAGGCCCUCCUCGCCAAACACAAAAAGGACGUCAUGCACGCGUUCGCGAGGGCCGAGAAGCUUCCGAAACCCAAGCUCGGGGAGAUGUUUACGGAUGUUUGGGCGGUCAAGAAGGGAGAACAGGUGCCUGCUGUCAUUAGUGAGCAGAGGGCGGAGCUGGGGAGGUUGUUGAAGAAGUAUGGAGAGGCUUGGAAGCCGUGGAAAGAGGGGUUGAAGAAGUUUGCGGAGCAGGGAGAGGACGUUAUGGAUACGGAUGGGCGGGGGGCUUGA